CCCACUCCUUUUUUUUGUCCACCCUCGCAACGAAACUGCCGUUCCUUUUUUCUUCGCCAAGAACAAGGCGUUGCAACAAAAAGUUUCGCUUAUCGCGCUCGAGUGCACUCUUCAUUACUCUGUGCAGCUAGCUGGAUAGUCAGCUCUGCAGUUUUCUCUGAUCUUCUGAAGGCCUUUGGCUCUUGGCACUUGCAUCAGUAAGCAGGCAGAAAGGCAGCUAGCUGCGUUGAUUCGAUUGGCAGCAGUAGAGAUCACCACACCAUGGCCAGUCUGAUGCGUGCCGGCCACGCACUGCGCAACAGCGGCGCGCUGAGGCGCAGUGCAUGGCAAUCGUCGCCGGUCGCUUCCAGUGCGCGCCGUGCGUUCUCCACCGGCCUGCGACCGGCAUCGUCGGUGUUGCGCAACACCGUGGCGCCGCGAUUCACGUCGCGCUGCGCCGCCACGGACGCGGCCAAGGCCGAGGAGGCGCUCGGCGUUGCCUACAACGAGCUGACGCUCGGCGUGCCCAAGGAGGCCAGUCCGGAGACACGUGUUGCCGUCACUCCCGCCAGUGUUCAGGCUUACAGCAAGCAGGGCUUCAAAGUGUUUGUUGAGAAGAAUGCAGGUGUUGCCGCUGGCUUCUACGACGCUGAUUAUGUCUCGGCCGGUGCAAGCAUUGUGGACGCAAAGGAGGCGCUGAAGCAGAAGGUUGUCAUGAAGGUUCGUCCGCCGAGCAUUGAUGAAGUGAAGCAGCUGUCGUCCGGAGCCUUGUAUGCCGGUAUGCUGCAGCCGGCCGCUAACAAGGACCUGCUGGAGGCUCUGCGCGCGCAGGGCGUGUCCGCGUUCAGCAUGGAGUCCGUGCCGCGUAUCUCCCGUGCUCAGUCAUUCGAUGUCCUUAGCAGCAUGGCUAAUGUUGCUGGAUAUCGGGCGAUCAUCGAGGCAGCCAAUCAUUUUGGACGAUUCUUUGCCGGUCAGAUGACAGCUGCUGGUCGUGUACCCCCAGCCAAGGUUCUUGUCAUUGGUGGCGGAGUUGCUGGUCUGGCUGCCACGCAGACCGCGCGUAACAUGGGCGCCAUUGUCCGUGUCUUUGAUACCCGCGCUGCUGUCAAGGAACAGGUGCAAUCUCUCGGAGCCGAGUUCCUGGAGGUGACGGUCAAGGAGUCCGGAGACGGUGGUGGUGGCUACGCCAAGGUCAUGUCCAAGGAGUUCAUCGAGGCCGAGAUGAAGCUGUUCGCCAAGCAGUGCGAGGAGGUCGACAUCGUGGUCACUACCGCACUCAUCCCCGGCAAGCCGGCGCCCAAGCUGAUCACCAAGCCGAUGGUGGACUCGAUGAAGUCCGGCUCGGUCGUCGUGGACCUGGCGGCCGAGCAGGGCGGCAACUGCGAGUACACGGUGAAGGGCGAGACGAUCCGCCACAAGGACGUCACCAUCAUGGGCAGCACCGACCUGGUGUCGCGCAUGCCCUCGCUCGCCUCCACGCUCUACUCCAACAACCUGUCCAAGUUCUUCAACUCCAUCGGGCCGAAGGAGCGCCUGCACAUCGACUUCGAGGACGAGGUCGUGCGCCAGUCCAUCGUCUCUCACAACAAGGAGCUGACCUACCCACCACCGCCGCUGUCAGCUGCAUCCUCCGGCGCCACCACCGGCGCUAAGAAAGAGGAGAAGAAGGAGCUGACGAAGGAGGAGAAGGCUCUGGUCGCCUACAACAAGGCGGAGAAGACGGCGCGCUCCACCAGCACCUCGCUCACCGUCGGCCUCGGCACGAUGGUGGCGCUCGGCGCCGCGCAGCCAGGCGCCGAAUUCUCCAACCUGUUCACCAUGUUUGCGCUGUCGGGCAUCGCCGGCUAUCACGUGGUGUGGGGCGUCACGCCGGCGCUGCACUCGCCGCUCAUGAGCGUCACCAACGCCAUCUCUGGCCUGACGGCCGUCGGCGGCAUGGUGCUGAUGGGCGGUGGCAUUACCCCGCACACGUCGGCACAUGCGCUCGCCGCCGGUGCCGUCCUCCUGUCAUCAGUAAACAUCGUCGGAGGUUUCCUGGUCACCAGGCGUAUGCUGGACAUGUUCCGGCGUGAGGGCGACCCCCCGGAUUUCGGCAAGUACUACAUCAUUCCUGUCGCCGUCUACGGUGGAUCGUACCUCGGUGCUGUCGCUACCGGCCUGACCGGCGUGCAGGACCUGUGCUACGUGGCACCCAGCCUGGCCUGCAUCGCCAGCAUUGGCGCUCUGUCCUCGCAGAGCACGGCUCGCAUGGGCAACAUCAUCGGCGUGGUGGGAGUUAGCAGCGGUGUGGCCUGCACCGCCGUCAACAUGCAGGUCUCGCCCGCCGUCUACAUGCAGAUGGCCGCCAUGAUGGGCGCCGGCGGGGCCGUUGGCAUGGCAAUCGCCAACCGCAUCGCCGUGACGUCGCUGCCCCAGCUGGUGGCCGCCUUCCACAGCCUGGUGGGCCUGGCAGCCAUGCUCACCAGCGGUUCUGUGUACCUGAUGGACCCGGCCGCGCUGGCGCACAGCGGCGUGCACGCCAGCAUGGCCUACUUCGGCGAGGCCAUCGGUGCCAUCACCUUCACCGGCUCGCUGAUCGCGUUCGGCAAGCUGGAGGGACGGCUGAAGUCGGCGCCGCUGGAGCUGCCCGCCAAGUCCAUGCUCAACCUGGCCAUGCUGGGUGUGAACGGAGCAGGUCUUGUUUGCUUCAUGUCCGACCCGGCCUCCACCCUGGGCGCUAGCUCGCUGGCCAUGACCGCCGGUUUGUCCAGCGUGAUGGGCCUGCACUUGGUAGCCUCCAUCGGCGGUGCAGACAUGCCCGUAGCCAUCACUGUUCUCAACAGCUACAGCGGAUGGGCUCUGUGCGCAGAAGGCUUCCUUCUCGGCAACAAGCUCUUGACAAUGGUUGGCGCUCUGAUUGGCUUCAGCGGAGGAAUCCUGUCCUACAUCAUGUGUGAAGCGAUGAACCGCUCUCUCCUCAACGUUGUGUUCGGCGGUGCCAACACCAAGACCCGAUCACAGGGUACAGGAAAGGCUGCCAGAAUCGAGGGCACGCACACCGAGACAGACGUCCUCUCCGUCGCCGAAAGCCUUUCACAGGCUGGCAAGGUGAUUGUGGUUCCUGGCUAUGGUCUGGCUGUGGCCAAGGCCCAGUACGCCAUUGCCGAGAUGGCAAAGACGCUCACCGACAACGGCGUCGACUUCAAGUUUGCUAUCCACCCCGUCGCUGGCCGUAUGCCCGGACAGCUGAAUGUGCUGCUUGCCGAGGCCGGUGUGCCCUAUGACAUUGUCUUUGAGAUGGAAGAGAUCAACCACGAGCUGUCCGACACGGAUGUGUGCCUGGUUGUUGGCGCCAAUGACACCGUCAACUCCGCUGCCAUCGAGGACCCCAACUCUCCCAUCGCCGGUAUGCCUGUUAUCGAGGCAUGGAAGGCCAAGCAAACCAUUGUCAUCAAGCGUACCAUGGGUACUGGCUACGCUGACGUGGAUAACCCCGUCUUCUUCAAGCCCAACACAAACAUGUUGCUCUCCGACGCCAAGACGGCGUGCGAGGGACUCAAGAACCGCGUCGGUGAGCUUGUGCAGAAGUAGGUGCGUGCAUCCCGGACUGUUGCCCGGGCAACACCAGCCUAGUUCGGAUACUCUUGCGCGAGCACUGUUGAGCGUCGAAAUGUUUCGUUUGCAUGACCUUGUAAUGUGUGUUGCAACAAGAGACCUUCUUCGGUCUUUGCGUUCUCCCCGCGGACUUAUCUGCAGUGUCUCAACGCUGACAUUUCUACAUUCUUGCUUUCCUAGCUACUUUCAAUCCUUUGGUGCCAGGAUCAUUUGACCUUUCCGCUUGCUUUUUUUCCCCGCUCGACUAAGGCACAGCACUAGCGCACUGUCCUUUGUUUUAGACCUCUAACUGGCUGCGUUGCGCCUCCAAAACCAAUAAUACUCCCCCUCCCCCCUAUUUUUGUGUGGUGAUUAGGCAUAUUAAAUUUUAUCCUGAUCCAUUUUAUCCGCCCGUUCCCCGUGCCUUGUCUUGUAUUUAUUUUUAUGCUAUUUUAUCUGUGCGAAAUUCUUUGCUUCGGACGAGGGGUUGUUGUUUCGGCCCCGGUUCUUUUUAGGUGUUUUGCUCCUGUCUAUUUUUAUUUCCUGAUGUGUGUAAUCACUUUGUUUGGUUUUUCCUCUCUGAGUCGGUGCAAUGGUGCGCUGACUCGUGUAUGCUUUUGCGCUUGCAGCUGUAGCUGAUCGUACUCCUUCUGUAUGUCUGUAUAUAUUCGUGGUUGA